UCGACAUAGGGUAGAAUCCAGGGCUUUUGCCAUGUCCUCUGGUCAGCUUAGACUUUGCCAGCAGCAUGACAGUCCCCAACACAGCUGGAAGCCAGGAGACCAGGCAGGAGCUGCUGUGGUGGGAACAGGCCAGGCUCUUCGCCAGCUACCCCCAGACCAAGACCUACUUCCCACACUUGGACCUGCACCCGGCUCUGCGCACCUGCGCUCCCACGGCUCCAAGGUGGUGGCCGCAGUGGGCGACGCGGUCAAGAACAUUGACAUCGCCAGCGCCCUGUCCAAGCUGAGCGAGCUGCACGCCUACAUUCUGCGCGUGGACCCUGUCAACUUCAAGCUCCUGGCCCACUGCCUGCUGAUCACGGUGGCCUCGCACUUACCCGCGGACUCGGACUUCACGGCCGACACCUACGCCGCCUGGGACAAGUUCCUGUCCCUUGUGUCCAGCGUCCUGAGCGAGAAAUACCGCUGAGCGCAGCCCCAGAGGACAGGCUGCGACCUCUGCUUGACCUCUGAGCCCGCCCACUGCUCCUCCCUUAAUUCCCCAAUAAACCGCUGAGGAUGGAAUGAGCCGGUCCUGUGUCCUCGGUACAGGGGGGAGGAGGAAACAAAGUGAGGGUAGUUCACUCCGGGGCUGGCGGCCACUCUCGGCGCGUUUGGGGGCGGCCCCUGCGCCUACGGACCCCCGGGGCGCAGGCGGGGGAGAGCCCCGCAGCCGCGGGCACGCCCCGCUGUUUGCUCUGGUCUUUACCAACCGCGCAAAGAUGGGGCUUCCCUCCGCCGGCGUGUGGGUUGUGUGGGGAGGACUCGAAGGUCUUUUCUUCAACACCUGUCCUACCU